UGCUCCGUUGAAAGGUAGUUGAGGGGCGUUUGUUUGAUUUUUAUAUAAUGUACUUUUCUGUUUCUAAACAGAUGAAGAAUGCAACAGCGUUGGGGCAAGGCAUGAACUGGGAAGUGAUGGACAAAACUGGGAUGGAUAUGUGCCAGUUACUGGAUCACAAAUGGUGGAGUGAGGAAACAGGGGCCAAUAGGGGAAUAGGCUUAGAGAUCGUUCGCCAGCUGGCGUGCAAGGGCAUGACUGUUGUGCUUACGUGUCGCAACGAGAAGAAUGGACUGGCUGCCAUGAAAGAUUUGGGUGAAGCGGGACUUGACAACGUUCAUUUCCACAUAUUAGAUGUGCAGAGCUCCCAAAGUGUUUCAGAUCUGGCCCAAUGGUUGAAAACCAUGUUUGGAGGAUUAGAUAUUCUGAUAAACAACGCAGCAGUGGCGGGGCAAGGCGUGAACAGGGAAGUGAUGGAAAAAGUGUUUGGAUUUGGAUUGAUUCUUUCCCAUAAUGUUCCUGCAUGCUUGAUUAUAGGACAGUGUGUAUAUGUACCUGUAGACGCAUUGUAA